AUGUGUAUCACAGUUGUUGCGGUGUAUGUAGACGAUUUGAUCCUAAUGAGCAGUGAUUCAGAUCAAAUGCAGAAAUUGAAACAAAGUCUAGCAGAUCGCUUUAAAAUGAAGGAUAUGGGUCCCCUGCAUUACCUAUUAGGAAUCACCGUGGUACAAGAUAGUGAUCGUAUUAGUACAUCCUUAAGCUUCUCAAAAGAUUUGGUGCUUAUCCCCGUGUCAACACCUAAUGUGAGGCUCGCUAAGAGUGAUGGAGUAAGCAAAGAAGAAGUAGACCAGACCCUGUAUCAAUCGCUUGUUGGAAGUCUCCUGUAUGCUGCGAUCGCCGAUAUCUCACAGGCAGUGGGAGCGGUUUCAAAGUUCUGCUCAAAGCUCAUCUCAACGCAGCUACCUAAAAGGUACGACCGAAGUAAGUCUUACUUACACCAAGUCACAACAGAGCACCUCGAAGGCUAUGCCGAUGCUGAUUGGGCAGGUGACUUAGAUACUCGUAGAUCAACCACUGGGAAUCUAUUUACAAUGAAUGGAGGAGCUGUUAGCUGGACGAGUAAAGCACAACCAGUCGUUGCUCUGUCCUCCUCAGAAGCUGAAUACUGA